CCCUUUAAAUGGAAAAACACUUUUAUUAGGCCUACAUUUGGUAUGCUUGGUAUGAGGGCGUAUGUGUUCAACUUUUCCUGAGGAAGUUCUGGAAAUCACUUGCCUCACAACUGUAUUUCUGAAGAUUUGGUGGGAACACAACGCUGCAUAACUCAAAGCAAUAUGCCUGAGCCGGACAUCUCUGUUACCGCCCCUCAAGAAUUUGGUUCUGAUUAUGACUACAGUCACUACUAUGCUUUUUCUGAUGGCUCUUACCAAGACUAUGGACUGUGUGAGAAGACGCACGUGAGAGCAUUCGGCAGGAUAUUCCUGCCUGUUUUUUACACCUUUGUGUGCGCUCUUGACAUUGUGGGAAACACUCUUCUGGUCUUUAUUCUGAUCAAGUACAUAAAACCUUCUAGUGUAACCUCUGUAUAUCUUUUAAAUAUGGCUGCCUCUGACAUUUUGUUUGCGGUGACGCUCCCGUUUUGGGCAGUCUACGCCCACUCUGAGUGGAUCUUCGGUGACUUUGGGUGCAAGACGAUCACAUUGAUUUACACAGUGAACUUGUUCAGCAGCAUCUAUUUCAUUACAUGUAUCAGCCUAGAUAGAUAUUUGAACAUUGUCUGGGCCUCUUCUACCAACAGGUUUGUCAAAUCGCCUAAGUGUUAUGUGAUGUGCAUUGUGGUUUGGGCUCUCUCUUUUUUGGCCGCAGCUCCAGAUCUGAACUUUGUGAAGCUGCAGGAGUUUGAUGGGAAGAAGACCUGCACACAUGAAUUUGGAGGUGAGCACUUGUCGCCAUGGAGAAUUUUCUUAAAGUUCCAAAUGAACAUAAUAGGAUUUCUCAUACCCUUCCUGGCAAUGCUCUUCUUCUAUCUGAGCAUCGGCUGCUUUGCAGUUAAAAUGAAGCUGGGAAAGAAAUCCAGGACUCUGAAGCUGGCGGUUGCCUUGGUCGUGGUUUUCUUUGUGCUCUGGUUCCCGUACAACCUGGUCUUGUUUUUGCACUCCCUUCAAGACCUCCACGUGAUUUCUGACUGUGCCACCAGCAAACGACUAGACCUUGCUAUCCAAGUCACAGAGAGCCUGGCCUUCACACACACCUGUCUGAAUCCCAUUCUAUAUGCCUUUGUGAACAAAAGAUUCCGUAGCUGCCUCUUCAAGAUCCUGAAAAAAGUUUGUAAGAGAGGAAGGGCAUACUCACUUGAGUGUACGGGCAGCACAAGUAUUUCUUCCGAUCUGAAUACCGGGAUUGAACUGACAAUGGUGGAAAAUGUUCAGUGAAUUUUUGUGACUCUGAACAAGAUGAGACUCGGAGCUCUGAACUGAUCAGUAUCCAAAAACUCCCAGGCCUGGCAGGACUAAAAGCAGGAUGUGAAGCCUUUCCUGUCACCUGUGAGAUCCAGGUUCAAUUUCCAAUGCCAUCUACAGUAAUUGCAUUAAUUUGUAUUUCCUCUGCAGAUGUUCUCCUGACUAUAUGUGAGAAAUAAAGCAUAUAUUCAAUAUAUUCUGCAUUUAAUUACAAAAUGUAAGAUAUCAUUUGUACAUGAAUAAUAUUCACUGAAAAUAAAAUGUACUAGUACCAUUGCAUUUUUGUGACACCCAUAGCAUGCUGUGUACCACUAUAAUACACAUAUAACAGUCUCUGGAUUUACUCAGCAAACUGUUGGUUAUAAUCAUGUAGACGCUUUAAUUUGUUUCUGUUCCAGUUUGUAUUCUAGUUCAUGGUAUUAAAAAAAUCUGUCCCAAUGGCUAGGGGUCAGGAAA